UUACAAUGGUAGCAAAGGAGAGUGGAGGUGACUGUUUGGCUGUAACUAUGGCUACUGUUAGUCACGUGAAGAUUUUCCCAGAAACGGUUGAGCCGCCUCUGUUAGUUAAAAUGUUCAACUUGAACACAAUUGAUUUGCUUUUCGGUGGAUAACUUUUCAUUUGUUAAACUUUGAUUCACGAAGAACCUGUUUUAGGUCAAUUAAUUGGUUUUAUUUUCAACGAUUGCCCCGUAAUGUGGGCUUAUUUCCCGUCAGUUCAUCUCUUUUUGGUCAUCAUCUAUUUAAUAAGCUUUACAUCUGGAUAUCAAAUGAGAUUGGAAGAUCACUACGAAAUCAACAGUCAAAUAUCGGACAAUGAAAUAGAUGAUUCCAGGAUCGAGAAUGUUAAUAGUAAGAUUAAUGAUUGUCGUAAAACUGCUCUAUGGAGUUGUGGUAAUGCCCUUUUGAAGGCUUCAAAGUUCCUGGAUUACUUAAUUGGCAAAGAAAGUCUUUACGCUAAAUGUUCCAUGAAAAAAGCUUUCCUCAAUUGCCUUAAUGAAAUGAGUUCCAAGAAAUGUGGCCGUAAACGAGGGAACCUCCACAAACUAAGUCACAAGUUUAAGCAAAAAGUUGCCCAGGUUUUGUGGUCAACUCGAAAUUGUUAUAUUGCGCCAUUUUUCGCUAAUCAAUUGGAAACGUAACAGCGAAUCAACAUAAAUAACUAAAUUAUACUCCAUUUGGUUUAGUAAUCAACAUUCAACCAAUUGUGAUUUCCUGUUCCAUCGGCUCUACCAUUUCUCUUUGUCUCCCCAUUUUCGGAGGCCUGCACAAUUGAAGUUUAGAAUUGUUUUGGAGCUGUUAAUUUAUUGAAGGAAUCACUUGGAUAAAUCUCGACCAACAAUCAAGCUCACCCAGGAAUCAACAAAAGCUUAAUGUUCAGCCUGACCUAAUGUUAAUCUUGAAAUCGAUUGAUAAAAUAUUUCUCUCAUGGUCAUUCCCCAUUCAUUUUGUCUUCCUUCGUUGGAUUUAUUUGACUACGAAAAAAUAACAAGUUAAUAGAAGAUAGUAUUUUAGUACAAGAAGACUCCGAUAAAUAAGUUCAAAAUUUUAAACUUAAAUCCUCAUCAUUCAAGUCAAAAACUUGUCUUAAUAUGCAUUAAUUGAGUAAUUAAUAGCCAUGCUGUUAUAAAGAAUCUCAUAAGUACAGUCCUUUGAUUUAAUCAGAUUCAAGGCUUGCUUGAAUAGUUCAAAUUUUGGGCAAAACAAACCUCUAAGCUCAAUCCGAUUUGUGUUCAAAGACUUUUGAAAUUAAAGUUAAUAAAUAAUAAACAAGCAUAAAAUGAUAAAA